GUAAGCUGAUAAGACACGUAGUAAACAAUAGAAACACCGAGUAUUUCGAAGAAAAAUGUGAAAAAUUAUUCGAUUUAGUCUUCAAAAAAAUAGAUUAGUUUGUACAAAAAUAUCUCAGUAUUGUCUAUAAAAUGGCCAUCACGUUGUGGAAUCUAUUUGAAGCAUCAAUUUUAUUUUUAAAUGCAAUAUGUGUUCUACACGAAGAACGAUUCUUAGCCAAAAUUGGAUGGUCAACCACAAAUAUGAAUCAAGGAUUCGGAGAGCCACCUUCGGUUAAAUCAAAUAUUUUAAAUUUGAUCAGAUCUAUUCGAACUGUUAUGAGAAUACCUCUUAUAGUUUUGAAUACCUUGACGAUUCUGAUCAAGGUGAUAUUGGGCUGACAGAAUGUUAUCAAAAUUCGAACGGAAUCGUCGGCGAUUGAUAUAUUUCUAAAGAAUGAUAUGUACAUAAUUUUUUAAUCAUUUUUCAAUUGUUUUUUCUAUUACGAAGAAGAUAUAAAUUUUGAAAAUUAUUUACUAUGUAUAAAUUUCAUUACGUUUUAACUGUUACAUAGGAUUACAUUUUUUCUUCAAUAA